AUGAAUUUACCAGAAAUUAAAUCUUACGAGGAUCAGGCGAUUGACGCAGUAGUGUCCGUAAUAAAUAGAGCGAAAGAGAAGUUGGGAGUUCGGCAGACGCUGAGGCAACUUGCAAAAAGCCGUGAUGUGUAUGCCUCCGCUGCCAAGGUGCCCCUUACAGGUCUCAGGCCACCAUUGGCAAUCACUAGCGAACAAUUGAUCGUCGACACCAUCGAGAAGAAGUGGCGCUUAACGGACACCUUCAGAUAUUCCUUGAAGUAUAAAGGUAGCACUAAGGAUGAAUGUUCGCGGUACUUUUAUUUUGAGGCUAUCUUCAGUCAGCCGACAGCAUCUUACCCGAUUCCACAAACAACAGCCUCCGUGUUCUUUCGCGUCGAGGACAAGCUCAUCGAGCCACCAGCUACACGAGGAGUACCAAAGGCUAGUAUUUGCUGUUAUUAA